AUGCUGCGGAUGAUCUUCUCUGCGUGCCUGCUUCUCUGCGUCCUCGGCGCAGCCUCCUCACUCAGCUGCGGGUGGCUGGGGCAGAAAUUCACUCAGCACAGUGAAACCUCCUUCAUGCUGCUGGACUCCAUGGGCAGGGCUGAGGAUGCGGGGCCAGAGGACGCACAUCCUCCCUUCCCGUAUAACCUGUACGAGCAGGCCUCAUCCGUGAGUGAUGAGGAUAAACUGGCCGUCGCGGUUCAGGUCCUGAGGGAGGUUUUUGCCCUGUUUGAAGAGGACUACAGCGCUGCAUCAUGGGAGGAGAGCACAGUGGACAACUUCCUCAAUGUUGUGAACACACAGGCUGAUGAGCUCAGUUCAUGUCUUGUGAGUCAGCACCGAACAAGGAUCACCCGGAAGAUGCACGUGUAUUUUAAGAGGCUGUCACAUCAUGUCCUGCAGCACAGGAGCCACAGCGUCGCUGCCUGGGAGCUGGUCAGGAAUCAAAUCAAACUGCACCUGAUCAGGGUCCACCAGCUGGUUUCAUCUGUGCCCUCUGCUCUCUAA